AUGCAAUGUUCCUCAAAUACCACGCGGCAAGACACGAGUCUUCAAAAUGACUCAAUGAUAUCAUCCCCAACCGCCCAAACAAGAGAACCGCCCGGAAUGCUUAGAAAUCAACCGAUAGCCACCACGUUCACACAGUUUCUCUAUGCAAAAAAUCCGAUUGAGAAAUUGAGUCGGAGAACGAAAUUCUCUACUCCACCAACUUCUAUACCAGAUCCACUAUUCGUCGAAUUGUUGUCUAAUUUCUUGAUAAGUGAAGGAAUUCCAUUGGAAGUGUCAAGAGAUUCAACAUUUCAAGACCUCAUCCGUCAUUUCAACCCGAAAUGUAACAUUCCGACUGAAAAUUCAAUGACGGAAUACGUGGAGAAACACUAUGUUAAACCUUUAAUUAAUUAUCCGAAGACUAUUGGACCGAUUAGUUUGACAAUUGAUAUUUAUGAUGAUUUGGAUGAGAAAUUUCUCGUUUUUUCGAUUCACUAUUUUGAGGAUAUUUAUGAAAGAGAGAACGCGGUCUAUUUGAAGAAAAUUUCAGAUAAUAGAAUUGACGCCAUCAACACUCUCAAUACAAUUCGUCGUGCAGUAAACAAUUACUCUUUUCGAGAUGUCAUGUUCAGUUAUUUAGUCGGUUCGAAUCAGGAAAUCCUCCGAAUGAAUGGGUCUAGAGACCUUGUGAACCAAUUUCAUACCUGUUUCUAUCGUAAUAUGUCGAAUUUUGUGACGAACUUGCUGAGAAUUGACAUCUUUUCACAUGGAUUGGAUGUAUUGAGACGAUUUAUUCGAUUAAUAAAAGGAAGUCCGGAUUUAUAUCGGAUGUUUGAAAACUUUCAAUCUGCGAGGAAUCAAGAAACAAACCUGCCAUCAAUGGACAAUGAUUCGUGGGAAAGCACCUACAUUUUUCUAACAAAAUGUCUUCUUCUUCACGAAUCAUUCAUCGACUUCUGCGAACAAUACAAAAUCCGUCUAUACAUGACCGAUAUGGUCUUCAAUCAUCUGAUUCAUCUCCAACGUCUCCUUAGACAAUGCGUGUACUACUGUAGAUCUUUGAGCACUCCGAGUAGUUCUAUCUCUCAAAUUAUACCUGCAAUCGAAGGAUUACGACGACUGAUUGAUAGGGAAUUUCUAUUUCAACAAGAGAAAGUUCAAGAAUUGUUGGAUUUAUCCUUCGGGAACUAUUCUGGAAAUAGUUAUGAAGUAGCUGUUUUAUUGGAUCCUUUAUUCUCAUACACUGACAUUUUCCCGGAGGAAAAAUGGAAAUAUUUGGAGAAUUUAGUCAUCGAAGAGUUCGUCAAUACCGAUUGGAAAUGGACGGUACAUUCUGGUAUUCUGGAUGCCACGAUGAUGAAUUCGAGAGAGCGAAUCACUUUUAUCAGCUCAGAAAUAACGAUUUAUCGACAAUUUUCAAUGAGAGAACGUCCUGAAGAGUCUGAUUGUCCAUUUCUCUGGUGGGCGGAGCGUCAAUCUCAAUUCGAGUUUUUAUCUGUGAUGGCGAGAGAAUACUUUUCGUGUCCAGCAGUCUCCAUCGAUGCCUCCUUCUACUUUUCGGACGGCGGAAAACUUCAUAGAUUAAGCAAGAUGUAUUCAGGACAACAACUAGAACAAAGUCUGAAUCUCGCCGCAUCUCAUCAAGAGUUUCGAGGAAAAGGAGCGUCGGAAGACGAUAUUACUUACAGUAUGAUUGAGAAGUUGGAUGGGUUAACACGAAAACCGAAAACACCAUAUUUUCAAACUAUCAGAAAAGUCGUCUCGAAUAAACCGGAGCCUCAUAUCUUUGUGCCAACCUUGCUGCCAUCAUCGAUUGAGGAAUCAGAUGUGAAAUUGGAGUCAUUCAAUCCGUUAGAACCACAUUUUGAUACGACAACUGCGACAACUAAACAUAAAUCGAAGCCUCGCACACGUUCACAUUGCAGUAUUUGUAAUGAUUCGAAGGCUUCUGAAUUACUCUGGUAUUUCAAACGAAGAAUUGAACGACUUAUACUUGUUCUUGGAUGUCUGUCCAGAGGUUUUUUCACUGUUAUGUGCGCCGAAGAAAUGAUGAGAAAGUAUAUGUUCUAUGUAUGCAGCUGUCAUAUUUGGGAGACGAUUGAGGAGAUUUAUGAAAAGUUGGAGCUAAAGGCCCCGAAAGAUCUCUAUUCGUGUUCUAUGGAGCUAUUCGAGAAUAUGUUUAAUUCUGUAGCACAUCUGAAUCCUGGAAUGACAAAAGAUGAGUUUCAAGAGGCGCUUUUCGAAUUCUUCAUCAAAUAUGAGAAUGUAAGAGAAGAGAAUGAAACGAGACCCCAAUUAUCAUGGAAUAAAGUUGCAAAAGUAAAGGAAGAACCUUCUCGAGUUCCAGAAGAUGACGAGGACGAAGUAGAUCCAUUGAACCCAGAACUGACUAAUUCCUACGAUCUAUCUACCCCUAGAAAUCGUCGCUGUACAAUCUGUAGGCUAUUGAGAGGGCCAGGAGAUAUCAAAUCAUUCAGAAGAGAAUGUGAUCGACUACUGAUUAUCAUUGGAUGCCUCGUUGGAGAAUCAAUCAAUGUUCGUCAAGCCGAGGCGCUCAUGAGGAAAACCAAUAUAUAUGUAUGCAACAAUCAUAUUGAGGAAACUCAUAGAGAGAUUUAUAAGAAAUUGUGCUCGGCUGAAUCAGAUCUUGGUGGUGAACCGGUGAAGAUUCAGAAGAUGAUGGAUACUGUAACACUUUUGAUGCCAGAGCUAGAAUUAUCGACUCUUCAACGAAUGCUCAACGAGUUUUUGAAUAAAUACAAUUAUUUGAUGAGCGAGGAACAGAAAUACGUUUCGAAACCACAGGAAUCGGAAGAAAAAGGCCAAGAAAACGAGUCUCUAGAUGAAGGCGAGGAGUCUGAUUACGAUCCAGAUGACUCGGAUUAUUCCCCAGAUUCAACAUGGCCAAUGAAGAAUCUUCCAGAAGAAUCCACGUCAUCUGCAAAAAAAUCUAGAAAAAGAAAGGAUUCGGAUGAAAAUUGGGAGCCAAGCAAAAAGAAACAGAUGAUGACAAGAUACGAAAGAUCUCAGUAUAUCGAUUAUCUAGCAAAUCUCAACUCUGUAAUUUGCGAAUAUAUUCCGAAGCAACUUUUAAAAAAAUACCACAAUAUGGGUCUGUUCGGGUAUCGGGGUGCAUUGGAUUUCAUUCGAAUUAUCAUGAAUAACUCAAAUAAUAACAUUCGAAUGUACGGAACGGCUGAAGAGUUGGAGUCGGAUUUGAGAAGAUACUGGGAUUUAUAUCCGCAUCAUCUAAGAUUUGAUUUGAAGUGGAUAGAAACGGGACGCAUGAUUCCCACAAAGUUUCGAAAUUUGAAAGGAGAAUUAUUUUACUGUAAACAAGAAUUGUUCUUGCAUUUCCAGGUGGCGACGUACACUGCUUUCAGGGACACUAGCAAACCAAUUCCAGAAGAGUUCAAAGAGUAUUUGAACAAGCAUAAGGCUCGUCUAUUUGGAUGCUACGAAUUUGUGAAAUACGACCAAACAAUUUUUGAUGAGUUGAAAAAUACAUUCUUCCACUCAGAAAAUUUGAAUGACUUCGUAUACUCCCCAGACGAAAUUACGAUUCUACCGCGUCGUUGCGUCCUUGUCCCCGCUCCUCCCGAUGUGAACACUUUCGAAAAACUCAUCAAAGAUUAUCCAGAUGUAUUUUUGUCGAAUUGUGAUGUGAAAGGUGCCAAGCUGACUGCAGUUGUAAGAAUUUUCGAAGAUGAUGAUUUCAAUAAUGAUCAAAAAACGAGAAAUCUGGAAGAAGUGUUCACAACAUAUCGAGAUUUCAUCCAAGGAAUUGAAUUCAUUCGAUGUCCAAUCCAUCGAACUAAGCAUGCAGCUGUUCCUAUAGCGACACCUACCGGAGGUCGUUGCAUUCUAGUUGCUGAUUUUCUCAUGGAGACAGUUCGCCUAUUGAUUUUCGGAUUGAAUAUUUUCCAGAAGCUGAAGAAAAACACGUGGCAUUUGAUGGAAGAAUUCGUAGAUACUUUAGAGAAAAUCAUUCCGGCAGAGUUGGAUGGCACCAGUUUCAUCGAUCUCAAUAUCGUCAAUGAAUUCAGACGGGAAACGGACGAAUAUUGGAAAGAUUUCGAGGAAAAUCCGGAAGUUGUAGAAGUUCGAGAAGUCGGAGAGAACGGAUUCACAUCUAAAGACUUGGAAGAUGAACUGAAAUAUCUCGGACUGACUGAUGUGUUCCCGAAUAUUCUGCAUUUUGCAAAAGGCAUCGUUCCAUCUAUGGUAGCUGAAAAAAACGGAUUGGGAUUGAAAACAAGUGAUAUGUUUGAUGCAUUAGAAACAUGUCAGAUUGGGUCGUUUUUUUAUUGUUUUCCAAAAAUCCUGGAUAUCAUUAAGACCCAAUCAUUGUGCUCCACAAACACGUGUUUGGCCUCAGUUCCAACUAUGAAGACUUCGCGUUGUAUUCAGAUGAAAAAAGAAGACGUCACAGCGAAAAUAGAGGAAAAGUGCGCGGUGGCAGGUUUACAAAACAUUGAAGAUUCAAGUGUCGAGCAGAAAGUUUCUGUGAAAGGAACUCCCGACUCUGAAAAGAAGAUAAUCCGCUCCAAAAGUUCAAAAACUGAAAUCAAACAACAAUUUUCGAAACUUGUAUCUCCAGACAAACCAUCGAUAUCAGAAGAGCAUCAAGUACCUGAGAACAAGCAGCCAACGAUCAAGAAUUGUGAAAAAUGUUAUCGAACAAGUCAAUGGUGUAAAACAGCUCAGGACGCUCAGAAGGCGGCUGAAAAGAGAGCAGAGGAAUAUGAGAAAAAGGCGAAAAGAACGGAGGAAUUGGAAGGAAUUGUGAAGAAAAUGAAGAAAGAAAUGAAGGAAUUGAGGGAGAGAGAUCAGAAGAUCAAUGAGGAAAAUGAGAAAAUGAAGAAGGAAAUGGAGAAAUUGAGGGAGAAAGUGAAGAAGUUGGAAGAGGAUAAUGAGAGAUUUCGGAGACAAUUGGCAGAAGAAAAGCACAAAAAUGAGACCCUCGAUGUUGGAAUGAAACAAUUGAAGAGCAUCAUGAAUGCAGAUAGAUUGGAAUCGGCACUGAGACAAAAUCAUUUGGAAGAGGAUUUAGGAAGAAGAGAUCGGACUAUUUUGGAACUUCGGGAACGCUUGGCUUCUCAACUCAAGAUGAUUCCUAUAAACUCGACAGUUUCUAAUGACGUUACUGACACUUUGGGACAAUUUAUAUCUAUAUCUAACUGCAAUAAUUGGAGGGAAAUGCUCUCAGAACUUCAAAAACUCAAAAAUACAUUCCCAACAGCUGAUUUAAUGGCAGAAACGAAGAACAUGAUUGAUAGAUUCGUUGCUCAUACCAACCUUCCCGAAUCAAAACAAUUGGCCGAGUAUGAGAUAUUCCAAUUGUCAGCUUCGAUCCGCAUUUAUCUGGAAACACUGGACAUCAAUAUUAUGAAAAUUGAGAAAACCAACGAUUGCUCUGAUCUAUUGCCUCUCCCACCGUAUCCCCGUUUGUCUACCAAGUUCUUGAAUCAAUAUUGUGAGCAAGUGGACAAUCAGCUCGAGAUGCCAUCCGAUUCUGGCUUCCAUCGUCGUCUUGCAGACACUGGUCUCGACACGAACACUCACUGCUACAUCUGUUUUGAAGAGUUCGAAGGAAAACUGUAUGUAUGCAAGGGAUGUAAAAAGAAGACACAUGAGAAGUGUUGUUCGAAAUGGUUGCUGCACGAAAAGAGUUGUCCGUAUUGUCGAGAAAAGAUGCUCCCACCGAAGAUCGGAUCGAAAUGA